AAAAAAGCACCAUCGCAGAAGGUUAGAUAACGGCUAGAACCACCUGGUACAACGAAGAUCAACAUGGCUCUAAGAUUUGUGGCCAAGUCCUGCCGAUCCCUGCUCCGCAGCGAUCCUGCUUCGUCCUGGACCCGUACCCUGGCCCACUAUCCCGUCAACGAUGCCAUGUUCGGAUUGGAUGAGGAUCGCCAGAAGCUGCGAGAAGUCGCCUUCAACUUCUUCCAGAAGGAACUGGCUCCUCUGGCCAAGGAGAUAGACAAGCUGGAUAACUUCAAGGAAAUGCGCCCCUUCUGGAAAAAACUGGGUGACCUGGGCUUCCUGGGAAUCACUGCUGAGCCAGAUUUUGGAGGCACUGGAGGCAGCUACCUCGAUCACUGCAUCAUUAUGGAGGAGUUCUCAAGAGCGGCUGGUGGCGUGGCCCUGUCCUAUGGAGCCCACUCCAACCUCUGCAUCAACCAGCUGACCAAGAACGGCACUCCGGAGCAGAAGGAGAAGUAUCUGCCGAAGCUGUGCAGCGGGGAGCACGUUGGUGGGUUGGCCAUGUCUGAGCCCGGCGCCGGAUCCGAUGUAGUGUCCAUGAAACUGCGGGCAGAGCGCAAGGGCGACUACUAUGUGCUUAAUGGAUCCAAGUUUUGGAUCACCAACGGAUCAGACGCCGAUACGUUGAUUGUCUAUGCCAAGACGGGAGGCAGUGAUGUCCCUAACAAGCAUUCCAUUACUGCUUUCAUCGUGGAAACUGCCUGGGAGGGCUUCAGUGUGGCCCAAAAGUUGGACAAGCUGGGUAUGCGAGGCAGCAGCACCUGUGAGCUGGUCUUCCAGGACCUGAAAGUGCCCGCCAAGAACAUCCUCGGCCAGGAGAACAAGGGCGUGUAUGUGCUCAUGUCCGGAUUGGACUUUGAACGCCUGGUUCUGGCCGCCGGACCCGUUGGAUUAAUGCAGGCUGCCUGCGACGUGGCCUUCGACUACGCCCAUCAGCGCAAGCAGAUGAACCAGCUCAUCGGCGAGUUUCAGCUGCUCCAGGGCAAGAUGGCCGACAUGUACACCACCCUGAGUGCCUGCCGGAGCUACCUAUACACCGUGGCCAGGUCCUGUGACGCUGGAGCACGCAGCUCCAAGGACUGCGCCGGGGUUAUCCUCUACACUGCCGAGAAGGCCACUCAGGUGGCCCUUGAUGCCAUCCAGAUCUUGGGUGGCAAUGGAUACAUCAACGAGAAUCCCACGGGCCGCAUUUUGAGGGAUGCGAAGCUGUACGAGAUCGGUGCCGGCACCUCGGAGAUCAGGAGGUGGUUGAUUGGUCGCCAACUGAACCAGGAAUACAAGUGAUCUCCUGCAGAAACCCAGGAGCCAGACAACGCAUUUACGCAAAGGACAAUUGUGGAAUUUAGGGACUAACUCGCCCGACCUGACAGACUAAAAGUUGCAUUUAUUUUUCAAAAGAUUUCUAAAAUCUAUAUCUAUAUGUAUGUUGUUUCCAUGUUUGUAUAUUAAAGUGAAGUAGACAGAU